AUGCUGCGAGUGAAUUCCCUUUAUUGUCUGGAUUCGGAUUCCCAAGAGUUUGCUCUGGCUUCAGCGUCCAUCCCUUUAGAAUCUAAUAAUAUCCAAUGUUCUCCUCUUGAUCCCAAAAGUCAACUGAAUUCAACAGCAGUCUAUUCUUCUACAUUCGUAGGUCUGCAAUUAUCAGGCCCUACAGAAACUACAUCUUCCAAGACACCGUCACCUCCUAAAAAAUCAUCAUUGGCUAAUAAUCCCUUUGAUGUCCUCUAUCUGAAAAUAGAAUCGGUUUCUCCAGUAAGAGUGGGAGCAGCAUUAACAUCUACAAAUAUGUCAGACAAACAACAAAACUCAAACACAAUGGAUCCUAUAGGAAGUACGGUUGUCAAUUCAACAUAUCUUCGAAUAGAACGUGAUAUUCUUCAAGCGAAACAUUCACCUCAAAGAACUUUAGACGAGUCCUCAAUUCUAAGGAAAUCGCCAACUAAUAGGAGUCAUGGGAAUCAAAGAAGGCGAAUGAUAUCAACUCAUACUCAAACUGAUCCAAUUUCACCUUCGGAUUCAAUAUAUAACUUUGAAGGGCCAAAUGGUCCAAUUGUUACUAUUAUAGAUCAGGAUGGUAUUAAACGGACAGGAUCCUUAAUUUCUAGAUCGGCCACUCAAAGGAAUAGAAAUAAAAUAAAAAGUCGGAAUAAAAUUGCUAAAAGAGAAGACUUUAUACUAGAGAGACAACCUUGCAAUGCCAAAUCAACAAAUUCAUCUUCCUCGAUCAUAGGUGAAAUUCAUUCUCAAGAUCAUCAUCAAGUGCCUUUACUUAUACCAAAUAAGAAGUUACGGUAUAAUUUCCCGGUUAAAAGACAAACUUCUUUGAAGUGGAGAGGAUAUAGAAGACCUCCACCUAAACAAUCUAAUGCCAAUUUCAAGUCAGAUGCAGAAUUCGAUAAUUAUAUUUCAAACUCAUAUGUUGGACAGAAUUUGAACGAUUUAUUGCCGUUGGCUCUCAAGUUCUAUAAAUAUUCUCGUUUGCAGGAUAGGACACCUCAUUUGUCGUCUGUAUAUGAUAAGACUCCAAUGUAUCUAUUUUCAUCAUCUGCAGCAUCUCCUACUUCGAAUGAAUUCCCCAUUAAAUCAACUGCAGUUCAGAAAUCAGCAAUUAAUAACUUUGAAUUUAAAAAUCCUAAUCAUAUUGAUGUCGACUCAACUGACGCUGAAAAGGAACUCUUAUUGCAACCUACAAUUCCAUCAUCCCCAGCUGCGGUCAAAAGGGCGGGUCAUAAUCCACCAAGUGCACAGCAGAAAACCAGACGGAAUUAUUUAUGGUUUACUUCAUUUGCAGCAAAUCUCGAAAAGAUGAUGAAUACCAAUGCUAAAGGAGAAACACAUACUGCAGGCGCAAAUACAAGCAAAAUGAUGCAAAUGAGUUUGAACAAUCAAUUAAGAAAUACUUCAAUUGCCAAUAAAAUUCUGAUUCCUGAACCGAUUGUGGAUCAUGCUUAUUUCAACCUGAAACCAAUAAAUCCAGAGGGUAAACUUCUAAUGUCUGAUGUUGCAUAUAAUAAAUACAAAGCUGCUGUGUUCCGAAAGAAUUCAACCACUAUACCUCCAAAGUUUGAACAAGAGUUUAUUAAUGAUGGAUCUGUUGUACCUAUUCUUAAUGAAAGGGAGAUCGCCAUGACAAAUCAAAGACUUCUUUUUGAAAUAUUGUUAAGAAGAACUGUUAAAGCAAAAAUCGAAUACCGUAUACGACGUGCAUUAGAAGGUGGUAGUGAUAGUGAGGACAACUCAUCAAAUUCCCCUAAAGGUUCAAGUUCUAACUCAAGUUCUCAAUAUUCUUCAAGUAUUAGGAGUGGAACAUCUCAAACUGCAAAUGCAACAUCUUCCAGGCAAACCAUGAAUAAAUCUUCAAGCAGUACAUCAAAUAUUAAAGGUAGUGGUUCUUAUAGUAGUAGCAGUUUCAACCACACGCGUGCUAAAACACCAUUGGCUCCAAUGAUUGGCUCCAAUAAGAGAUUUUCUAAUUUCGAAUUGAAUUCAAACCCAGCUUCUCCAAUUACCCUCCGUCAUAGUGGGGGCACAGUCACAAGUGGGUUCCCCUCGCCUCAAGUUAGUGGAUACUCUCGUCGGAGAGAAACAAUGCUCUCAGAUAAUUCAUCUACAGCAGGUACUCCUGUUAUUGAACCUCCACUCAAACUUAAAAGUCGUCGUAACUUCCAACCUAUUGGGAAUUCGUCUGUUAUUAUAGAACAAGAUUCUCCUGAUAAAGAACACCCAGAAUCAACGCCAAAUGGUAAGAGUGGUCUUGGAGAUGAGAUUGAGUCUUUCACCUCAAUAUACAACUCUGAUGGAACCCCAAUAGUAUUGCAUAUCCUGGGACAACAACCAAUACCGAACGAUAAUACGAUUCAUUCACGAUCAUUACUGGAAGACCUGGCAUCUUUAUAUUCGGUUUCUAAGACCCCCAAGGUCCUGCCUCUAUUUGUUCAUAAACAAGGUCAUUUUGACGAUCUUAAAGAGUUUUCUUAUAAUUAUAAUCGUUCUUCUCAAGUCAAAUGUUGA